GCUGGGAAAAUGCUAGCAACCGUGGCAGCGCUCUUCCUGUGGCUCAGGGUCAGCAUGGGGGUGCAUGGUGCUCCCUGCGAGGCUGUGCGCAUCCCCAUGUGCAAGACCAUGCCCUGGAACAUCACCAGGAUGCCCAAUCACCUGCACCACAGUACCCAGGAGAAUGCCAUCCUGGCCAUCGAGCAGUAUCAGGAGCUGGUGGACAUCAGCUGUAGCCAGGUGCUCCGCUUCUUCCUGUGCGCCAUGUAUGCCCCUAUCUGCACCCUGGAGUUCCUCCACGACCCCAUCAAGCCCUGCAAAUCGGUGUGCCAAAGAGCCCGGGAUGGGUGCGAGCCCAUCAUGAAGAGGUACAACCACAGCUGGCCCGAAAGCCUGGCUUGCGAUGACCUGCCUGUGUACGACCGAGGGGUCUGCAUAUCUCCUGAAGCCAUAGUCACCGAUGUCCCUGAAGAUGUGAAGUGGACGGAUUUUACUCAAGACGUAAUGGUCCAAGAAAAACCUCAAGAGACUAACUGCAAGAAUCUAAACCAAGCUCGAUGCAAGUGCCGGAAGAUAAAGCCUACCCUAACAACAUACCUGACCAAAAACUACAGCUACAUUAUUCAUGCUAAAGUAAAGGGUGUAGAGAGAGGUGGCUGCAAUGAAAUAACCACAGUGGUUGACGUGAAAGAGAUACUGAAAUCUUCAAUACCCAUUCCUCGGUCUCAAGUGCCUCUUCUUACUAAUUCAUCCUGCCAGUGUCCACAUCUUCUCCCAAAUCAAGAUGUUCUCAUUAUGUGUUAUGAAUGGCAUUCAAGGUUGAUGCUUCUUGAUGGAUGUUUAGUUGAAAAAUGGAAGGAUCAGCUAGAUAAAAGAUAUAAGAGGUGGGAACAGAGACUGCAAGAAAAGGUGCGAACAGCCCAUGAUAAAAAUCAAAACGGACGCACUGGUCGGAGUGGUGCACCAAAAUUGAACACUAAGAACACCAGCCCAGUGCUGGGGACCCCCAAAAAGACCACUAAAAUAAGAAAUGACCAGAAACAAGCAACCCCCAAAAAAGUAUGAGUUCUGAAUUUCCCUAAGGAAAGACUUUCUUGCAUGAUGAGGGUCACAAGCUGGCUUGAGUGGCAUGUGUAUUACUCCAGAAUUCAUCAACUGCGGUAUUCUGCAUAGACAUUUUUUGUAGCACUUUACUUUUAAAUGUUUGCUUUUUAUUUCAAACCACUGCAAACCAUAGAUUGUAGGUUUGCAAUGAUGUGUGGUAGGCAUAUGAAAGCUGAUUGAUGGUGCUAAUCAUAUUCAGAGCAGUCGAAUGCAUAGUUUACCAAUAAGCAUCGGGAUAUACAUUAUCCAAUUUUUUUUAUGUGUGCCAUAAAUAUGCUUACAUUAUUAGUGUUUGAAUUGUGUGUGUUUAUGUAGCAAAAACACAUCAAAAGGAAACAUUUAAUUUUUUAUUGUACUUCAGGCUGGCUUCUGUUGUUAUAAGUUUAAAUAUAUUUAAACAUUUAGAUGAAAAAAAUCAAUGUUUUUAAAAGGAACAAAUUAAAGUGAAACAAAACUAUAGAGUGCAUAACAGUAACAUUUACAGGUUUGCCAUUUGCUGAAAUAUGGCUUUGUUAUGAAAAGUGCUUUAAAACAACUGGAGGGAAAACAUUAUUCUGUUACUGUAAACAUGCCCUUCAGUUACUCUGUAGUGCAGAUGUUACACUAGUCCCUCUCUUGAAUAUUUUAUCUCAGGAGUAAAGUGGGAUAUUAGCCAUUUUACCACUGGAGACCUGAUUUUAAAUUUUGCGUAGAUCACACAAGGAAAUGAGAUUGCUACUCCCUGUUCAUAAACUCCUCAACUUCCACACAGUUUGGCACAACUGGAAGGCACUUGUAUUGAACAAGGAGCAGGACAACGCUGAUGCAGCUACUCAUGUGUUUAAGGAUAAGCAUGUGCUUAAAUGCUUUGCUGGGUCAGGGCUUAAAAUUGCAAAGGUGAGAAUUUAAAUAUGAGGUACAUUGGCACAACUCUGGGGUGCAGUUUACACUGCUCCUGACUGCACUCCACCUGGCUCAAGCCAUUGCUACGGGGGCGCUCUGCUUUUUGCUAACACCUAUUUAAUGCUGUUGCAUAAUGAACAUUUGGCUGUUAAAGUUUCAGUGCCCCUGAGCUUUAAUUAAGGUGUUAGAGCUCACAACAAAUGUCUCAGACAACCCCCAAGAAUCUUCCAGCAAAACCAAAAAAUACUAGACUUAACACCCCUGAUAUUUUCUAUUUUUUAAAGGGGCAAAAUACCAUUCUUAAAAACAAGCAAGCAGACAAGCUUUCCUACCUUCUUUACUCAUCUUAAAUAAGAAGGAGGGGGAAAAAAGACACAAACCCAAGUUUAAAAAAAUCCUUUGCAUGUCUCCCAAUUUAUCGUGUCAACAUAUUAGUAUGCUGAUCUACGUUAUUGUAGGAAUCCUAAUGAAGGUUGCAUGUAUUUUAUCUGAGGGCAUAAUUUGUCACCUUGACUUGGUAACAAAAUGUUCUAGUACAAGCAACAAAAGAUGCACAAAUAAAUCCAAAUAGCACCCAGCAAAAAUAUUACUUUCCUUAGCCAUGCUUGUACUGUGCAGCACAAUCACCUCGCUCGCUGGCGUGCAAGCUAAUGAACUUUUCAUGUGUGCAAUUUCUAGCUGCGAGACCCGAGUGACAAUAGAUGUGUGCUUUGUGUACUUACACAACUAGAAGAACAAAGUGACAAAAAGAUCCAGCCAAAAUGUCCAAAUGUGGGCAUCCUAAGCUAGGCACCUCCAGCCAUUGUCUUGGUGCAGAUGCAGGAAUUCAGCCUUGCAGAAUUGGGUCCUAGAUCUAUGUUUAGGCACCCAAGUGGCCUAAUUUUUAGAAGUGCUGAGCACCCAUAGUUCCCAUUGAUUACAGCGGAAUUGGGGAUGAUCAGCUUCUCUGAAACUCAGGCCACAUAGUUAGGUGCCUAAAUAAAAAAUAUGGAUGAAAUCCUCUUUCCAUUGAAGUCAAUAGUAAAACUCCCAUUGGCUUCAGUGGUGCAAGGAUUUCACUUGAGGUGCCUAAAUUAGACACCUAAGUUUGAAAAUAUUGACCUAAACAAGCAUAAGCAAAAAAUUCAAUAUUUUUUAAAAGCUUCUAAAAUAGUAUGCAUUGUGGAAGUUCUAAUGCUUUGUUUUCAUAUCAAUCUCAAAUUAACCCCUAAAAGAAAGCUGUAAGUGUAAUUAUUAAAAAAGGAUCAACAUUCUUAACAUUGCAUUGUUAAACCAGCAAAUACUGUAGCUGUGAUACUUCACCUUAACAAGCUUUGUUGUGAGCAUACAAUAUUGUGAUCAUAAGUGUUUGUUGACUAAAACAGUGCUAUUUAGAAAUUAUAGCAGAAUUACAUAUUAUUUUACAUCUGUUAAAAUCAAACUUUUAUCCAUAGCUUUUUUGAUAUUAAAGAAAAAGUAUAAAAAUUAUUUGCUACAUAGAA